AACGAUUUAUUAGUAUUCUAUUUCACUUCAUAUUUUACACUGUUAAGUGAAAAAAAAAUCGUUUGUACAGGACAUGAUUAUUAUAAUUUUAUUGGUGUGGUUCAGGAGGGGGCGUGUUCGUUAUGCAAGAGCGCUUCUUUAGUGUGCUGUGCUUCAGUGCAACCUUGUGUAUUUUUCUUGAGUUUAGUAACUUUCUGAACAUUUAAUCAAACUGAAGCUUUGAUUUAAAGAUUUGUCACAGUCAGGUAACUUUAGGAUUCAGCGGCGCAUUGACCUGCACCAAACGCACAAAACAUCUCAUCUAGGGUUUCUGCUGUAAAGAUGGCAGCCUCUUUGCUCAGGGUAGGACGACUCGGAUCUCUCAGGUGUCUGCAGACGGAGGGCUUGAGCUCUGUCAGAAGAGCUCCUGCUGUAGCUUUUAGCUCCAAAUCUGGGGACAGCAAGAAGUCCAAAAAGUCCAACAAAGAAAAAGCAGCACCAAAAACUUACUUCGAUCUAGAAAAACUUGUCCAGCACAAAUCAUAUGUGGAAUUCCCCAAGAAAGGGGUUGCAGCUUCGGUUGCUGCUGCCUCUACAGAAGCUGCAUCUGUUGCUGCCCCUGCACCUGAACCAGUUGUAACUGCCGCUGCACCUGCAGCCGAAGCUACUGCUCCCAGAGCUGAAGCCAUUGCCCCCGCAGUUGAAGCCAUCCCUGCAGUUGAAGCUGCUGCCCCUGUAGCUGAAGCCAUCCCUGCAGUUGAAGCCGCUGCCCCUGUAGCUGAAGCCAUCCCUGCAGUUGAAGCCUCUGCCCCUGUAGCUGAAGCCAUCCCUGCAGUUGAAGCCGCUGCCCCUGUUGAAGCCAUCUCUGUAGCUGAAGCCGCUGCCCCUGUAGUUGAAGCCACUCCUGUAGCUGAAGCCGCUGCCCCUGUAGCUGAAGCCGCUGCCCCUGUAGUUGAAGCCACUCCUGUAGUUGAGGCCGCUGCCCCUGUAGCUGAAGCCGCUGCCCCUGUAGCUGAAGCCGCUGCCCCUGUAGCUGAAGCCGCUGCCCCUGUAGCUGAAGCCGCUGCCCCUGUAGCUGAAGCCGCUGUCCCUGUAGUUGAAGCCGCUGUCCCUGUAGUUGAAGCCGCUGUCCCUGUAGUUGAAGCCGCUGUCCCUGAAGUUGAAGCCACUCCUGUAGCUGAAGCCGCUGCCCCUGCAGCUGAAGCCAUUGCACCUGCACCUGAGGCCACAGUUUUCCCUUCAGAAGCCAUUACUGAAACUGCAUCUCCUGCAGCUGAAGCUGCAGCUCCUGAAGCCCCUGCUGCACCAGCCUCUGAAGAUGCACCUACGGAAGAAGCCCCUGUCCAGGAAGUAGUUGCUGAAGUUGCAGAAGUAGUUGCAGAAGUUGUGGCGGAAGCUUCCCCAGUUGUAGAGGCUGUUGCUGAGGUAGUUGGAGAAUCUGGCCCUAUUGAGGUGGUUGCAGAGGCAGCUCCUCCUGAAGAGCUGAUAGAUCCUGCCCCUGUGAUCUCAGAUGCUACUGAAGUUCCAGGAGAAGUUGUGGAAACGCCUGAGGCUGGAUUGGACCCCGUUCAGAAACUUUUCCUAGAUUCAAUUCGUGCAUACUCCACAAAAAGCGGUGCCACUGGUGGUCUAGUUGAUGCUGGUCCAGAAUAUCAGAAGGCUCUUGCUGAGGAAAUCACUAAACUGCAGCGGUUGUACGGUGGUGGUGAUCUGUCUUCCUUCCCUGAGUUCAAAUUCUCUGAGCCUAAAUUUGAUGACAUGUCCUCCAAGUAAACUUCUGAUCCUUUCCGUUGCCUCAGUGCAAUUUUGUGAAGAAGUCUACUAAAUGACUUUAAUCUGUAAAAGUGAACAUUUUGUGAGAUUUUUAAUUUUGUGAGACUCUAAAUACUAAAUAGCUAUUUUUCAGAAAUUCUUAUGUCUUAUGGACAAAACUAACCGUGUCAUGUAUAAUGCACAUGUGGAAGAGAGCAUAAGCUGAGCUGUGAUAUAAAUGCUUGUUGCUUUUCAUAAUGUUUAUCUGGGAAAAGAGCUGAAUAAACUGAGCCACACAUCUUC